CGUCACCGUAAAAGGGCUACACUUUAAAGUGUUCCCGCCGUUUAUGACAACUGUGUGUGCAAAUGUGACGUAACGCAGAGAGAGCGACCUUCAGCAAUCAUGUCUCAGACGUUGCAGUAUGUGAACAGUCGGCUUCCUAAUAUACCUUUAGAAGAAGACGAUUUGGAGAAGAAUCCACAAUUCUGCAAACUUCUACUGGAGCUAUGUCAGGUCAUGGAGCCCAGUGGGGGGAGUGUCACACUAAGCCGAGAGCUGGAGGAGGCACAGAGGGAGUUGCGACUGCAGAGGAAGGUAUGGCUAAGAUCUGAGGUUAUUCACAGAUUGGUGCAGGAGAUGUUGUUGGAUUUUCAGGUUGCAAAGCAGGAAGGUGGCCUGAAUGAAGAGGACAUCAAAUUUCUUGAAGGAUUGAAGCAGUGUAUAUUGGUCUCAGAGUGUUCUCGUUUGCUGAACACAGAUUGUAUGUCUCCAAAUGAAUCUGUGUCUCUUCUUGGACUGGAAAAAAAAGAUCUGCUUGAGUUUCUGCCAUCAAAUAUGCAAAUUAUGUGGUUGAGAGAUCGGCUGCAUAAAAGUUUGGAAGAGGCUCUGAGAAAAAAAUGUUUUUCUUUUCUGUCGUUUCACCAACCUGAGACAGAUGAGGAGAGUGAUGUGCUUCGUGCAGCAAAAGCUUUGCGUUUGGCCAGCACUCUUGAGGAUGAGAAGAGACGUCUGCAGAAUGAGCAAGAGAAACACCAGGAAAUGGGUGCUCAGCUUGAACGACAGCAGGAAAUGUAUCCACAGGUGCUCUUACGCUGUCUCUCUAUUCUUAGAAAAGCAGCCUCAGAGUUACGUCUUCAAGCCCAGUCUGAAAUUGACCAUACAAAUGCAGAGUACCUGGAGGCCAAAAGUAAUGCUUUGUUUCUAAAAUUAAGAACAGAGGAACUUCAGGUUCUCAUCGACAUGUAUACCCCAGAAAAGAUUGAGGUUCAUAGGCAGAUCAAAAACAGCCUUGAAACUGCAUUGAAGACUGAGAAGCAUGAGCUUUCCACAGCAAAACAAAUUCUCAUGUCUUAUGAAUUCCUAGGCUCUGAGUUUGAGGAACUGGUUAAAGAAUAUACUCGCUUGAGAGACAAGAUCAAGGACAAUUGCUGGGUGCUCCAAGAGCUUGGCAAAUCGCUGCCAUGAUUAAAUCCUAUAGAAACUGUAUUCCAAACCAUCCCAUAAAGUAGACUCCUUUUGCAUUGUCUUCUCACUUUUUGUAGUGUAAUCUUAAUUGUUUGGGCACCUUAAGUAGUAAACGCCAUAUUAAUUGGUUAAAUGCAA